AUGGAUGUCGCGCGCAACUCGGCAAAACGGAAGAUCGAGGAAGAUGCCGCUGAGGAUGGCAACCUGCGUAAGGGCAUGGAAAAGAAGGAACCCAAGAGAAGGAGGAUAGAGAUACCCGCCGGCCCGGCUGCUCCUCCCGCUGCUCCCUUAUCUACUCAGCCAACGACGCCAUCCUCUCCCUCCAAACCCAAGGUGUACAAGCGGCGGAAUGCGUCUCCUCCAUCAACCUCCUCCAUCUCUGCAACUCGGCCCAUCUCUUCGCCACCACGCGUUCAGGACACACAGCGGAAGAGGGUCCUUGCCACGACGGCCACCGUACCCACUACGCCAUCGAAGCACGACAGCCCAUCGCCGUCGGGAUCUUCGCCGCAGCCCUCAACGCCGCCUAUCAACAAGCCGCCCAUCAAGUUCGCCACGCCGCAGCGCAACCUGACGCUCAAGCAACGCGCCAGCGACAGCACCGGCAGUCCGACGGCCACAGCCACAGCCGACUCCACCACCCCGAAGCCGACAACGCCCGAACGUCCCAGCGCCACCCGUUUCCGCGUGGCCGAUCGGUUCGCCGCGCCGUCAUCGAGCCCACGAAGCACGACCUCGGGCUCGCUCGCGCCGCCCAACCUGGGCGAGCUCACGCGCAUGCUCCGGAGCACCCACUCCUCCUCACCCUCCGCCACCACCACACCUUCUUCCUCCCAACUCCUCUCCUCCUCGCCCUUCAAGCAGCUGCGUCUCGCCUCUUCACCAUCCUCUUCGUCCUCUUCUUACUCACCCUCUUCAUCUUCGCCUUCGUCCCUUCUGCCCUCUUCUUCCUCCUUCGCUUCAACGCACCAACGUUCGCCGCGCUCGCCCGAGAAGCAGCUCAGCUCGACCGUCGAGCAGGAGAUGCGCCGCUUCCGACGCACGCAGGAGACCCGUGUGCGCAACUUUCAGGCCGAGGUGCGUCAGGGCCUCUCGCCCUUCCGUGGCCGCAAGCUCUUCCCCGAGCCCGAGAUCGACGACGACGCCAUCCUCCCGCCGAUCGUGAAGCCCGAGCCCAGAGACGAGGAAGACAACGACAACGACGACAACCACAACAACAACAAAGAGCAGGACCACCAUCCCCUUCAUCACACCGAGGCGGCCGGCUUGAUGGACAUCGCCGCGACGACGACCGGCCAGGAGGAACCACACAGCGGUGGUUGUGCGCACAACAGCAGCGACGCCAUCGUGCUGGACUAG